GAGGUUAGAACCUACUUUAAUCCAAUUGCGCACGAAGGUGAAAUCAAUGGAGACGAAGAUUCUAUGAAAUUACUACAGCGUAGUUGGCGUGACGGGGGUAACCGCUGUCUAUAAAUGGCGGGACGCGUUGUAUCCGAACAUACCUAUAAACUUUGCCUCAACGGGUUUCCAACCGCUGCAAGAGGCAAAUAACAUCCUUUCUAGUUGGUUUGCUAUAAUUGAAGGUUAUCAGAGGUGUUGCGAGUGACAAUAGCCAGAACACAAAACUAAGUUACCAUGAAGUCCACCUUCCUGAUCAUUCUGGCAUCUCUGGCAGUCUGCAACCUGACCGUGGCUCGAGGACAGAGCAUCCCCGAUCAAGAGAAAACGGGAGACCGGCAGAUAGAUGACAUCGUCCUACAGAGGGCGGAGGGCAUCCUGCUCCGCUCCAUUCUAAAGAUGACAGAGGAUGAGGAUGGUGUGAAUGAGGCAUUGUCCUCUCAGCCAGAGUGGCUAGUGAAGCGGCAACACCCUGGUAAACGAGAGGAGGACGAGGACGAAGACGAAGACUCAGGGGAGGUCCAGAAAAGACAGCACCCAGGAAAACGUGAAGACGAAAUUGACUCUUUUGUGGGGCUCCAGAAAACGCAGCAUCCAGGCAAGCGCUCAAUGCUGGAGCAGAUUACAGAGAACUCCGCAUUUCUAAGUGAACUCUCCAAACGGCAGCACCCGGGCAAGCGCUACCUGAUGAUGUACAGCAAGCGCCAGCAUCCUGGCAGGCGAGAUGUGGACGACGAGUCAGACGCAGGGGACCUCCAGGAGUUGGAGAAGCGCCAACAUCCCGGCAAACGUUAUUGGUAUAACAUGAGUCCGGAAUUGGGCGCCAACAGUCCCUGUGACGUGCUGGACCCUGGCUGCAGUAAAGCCAACCUGUUGCUCGAGCUGUUAGACAACGUGACAAAGAGUCGCGCCGCGGAGAAGAGACAGCACCCGGGCAAAAGGUCCGCACCUGACGAGGAUUUGACUGAACGGGAGUGACGAGUGGGCUGGCGCCUGCGAAAUACUGUGUUGUUAAAAAAAAAUCUGUGUGUAAAUUGAUACAAGUAAUAAUUUCAAGUGGUUUAUUAUGAAUAUAAUAUGGACCCCUCUGCUAUGGGUAGUCUAUAGUUUAUUAUGAUUGCCAGAAUCAGUAACGCUCAAAGGGAUUUCAAGUUAAUGAAUAGCUUGUGUUGUUUGCUGGACCAAUAUUGUUGCCAUGAGAUGCUCAGAAAUUUAUUCGUUUUACAGAUUAAGCCUACGUAGGCUUUAAAUCUGCUCUCUUCGCUCUGGCCUUGAAUUGCAUGAUUCUAAGUGUCAGAGUUAUGUAGACCAAAUUGACCUGUAGUUAGGUUUAUGAUUUAAUGCGUUCAAGUUGUAAAACACAAGUGAAUGUUCCCCGGACAUAUAUAGUGGGUCUCUGGAUUAUUUUCUACUUGAAUAUAUUGCAUGGUAUAAAAACGGAUUAUUAUUGUACAUUUUCUGUUACUUUUGCCUUAAAGGUUAUUAGGUUAUGUAUCUACAACGCUGGUAUAGGCCUACAAUAAAACGCAUUGGUACAGAUCACGGAG